UGGGGCGGGUCCGUGCGGAGCGGCCCAGGGAUGCCUCGGGAGAGGAGAGAAUUUAACUGGGAUACCCAACCAAGUGGGGCCAGAAAAGGACGGAAAAGAGUCUGAGAGCCUCGGGCCUUGCUUCUUCCGUUGCUCAUGGCGAGAUUAAAGAUCAAAUCUAUUGAACAAAAACGUGAACAGCUCACGGUUGUUCCGAGCGAUUUAUAGUGACUCAUUUUUAACUUCUUAUUCCCUGAAGAAAUGCCAUUUUUCUUGUCAUCCUCUCAGUUCUAUGGAUGAGGAAACUGAGGCUUAUUCCUGUUAGUUUUGCAGGAGAGGAGCUCCUAUGGAUCAAAUUCACCUGAGUACCCAUACCUGCCCGAGAAUGUGUGGUCUCAGUGCUGAACUUGGUUUUGAAAGAGGUGACAGAUGCAUCAGUACUGCCCCUAAGAACACAGGUUCUGGAGUCAGGCUACUAAGAAUUGGGAACCAUGCUGGUGUGUUAACUACUAUUGUGCCUGCGUUUUCUUAGCUCAUAAUGGAGAUAAUUGCAUAUAGCUGCUAUGAGAACUAGAGACCUAGCCCAGAAUUAAAUAAGCUCAGUGGCUGGCACAUAGGCUUCCUGUUAGUAUGAUGUUUUCAACGAAAACUGAGCUUUGUAGCGCUAGGAAAUGAAACCUUAGUUCAGAAGAAGACAGUAGACUCUUUAACGAAUACACUUGGCUAUUCACCAUGAGGUUAGGAAAACCUAAAGGGGGUAUUUCUCGAAGCUCAAACCAAGGAAAAGCCUAUGAAAACAAGCGUAAAACAGUUCGGCAGCGGCAGAAAUGGGGAAUGACUGUUCGUUUUGAUUCAGGCUUGAGUAGACUGAGAAGAAGCUUGGAUGAAAAACCCUAUAAAUGCACAGAAUGUGAGAAGUGUUUUAGUCAGAGUUCAACUCUUUUUCAACAUCAGAAGAUCCAUACUGGAAAGAAAUCCCAUAAAUGUGCUGAUUGUGGGAAAAGUUUCUUUCAAAGUUCUAAUCUCAUUCAGCAUCGACGGAUCCAUACUGGGGAAAAGCCCUAUAAAUGUGAUGAGUGUGGAGAAAGGUUUAAGCAAAGUUCAAACCUCAUUCAGCACCAGAGAAUUCAUACUGGAGAAAAACCCUAUCAGUGUGAUGAAUGUGGCAGAUGUUUCAGCCAGAGUUCCCACCUUAUUCAGCAUCAGAGAACCCAUACCGGGGAGAAACCCUACCAGUGCAGUGAAUGUGGCAAGUGCUUCAGCCAGAGCUCUCAUCUGAGGCAGCACAUGAAGGUGCACAAAGAAGAGAAGCCACAUAAAGCCCGGGGUAAAAACAUCAGGGCAAAAACUCACUUAGUAUCCUCUUGGAAAGCUGGUACAGGAAGGAAGUCAGUGGCUGGUCUCCGCCAAGUUAAGGGCAGUGCUUCAGCCCUCUUUAAAAAAAAGUAAAGUGUAAAGACAUAGGCUAUCUCUUAGAAUUUGGGAUACUAUAGUAGAGCACUUAGAUACUGGAUUCUUCUUUAGCAUGGAGACAUUGAAAGUUUAAUGACAUUAUAGGGCUGAAAUAAAGACCAGUUGACCUUAUUUUUAUGUAACAUGGAGCACAAAAAAUGAAAAUAUAAGAUCCUUGAUCUCACUUGAAAUUGCUUCCUGCAUUAUUUUGACAAAGAGCAUCAUGUUUUCAUGACAUUUGUGAAAGUGCAGGCAUGCCAAUGAUUACUCAGUUUUAAGACUUCUGUGGAAGGAAUGAAAAGAAAGGGAGAAGGAAUUAGUUUCAUUAGCUUUGAAGUUAUCUGACAUUAGGAGAGUUUAUGUUUGUAAAAGUUUGUAGUAUAUUAACCAUUAGUUUAUAAGUGUGACUCUACUAAAUAAAAUGUAUUCAAGUUCACAGACUUUUUAAUCAACAAGGCUCAUCUAUGUUAGUUUUGUUUUUAUUCUCUUCUACUUAAGUCCCUGUUUUUCACCAUAUUCUAAGGAAUCCAAAGUGAGAACUGAAUUAAACCACAAGUCUCCCAUUUCUACUAAUACUGUUCUUUGUGUUGGUAUUACUGCUGUAUUGCUGGUUUUCUUGAAGUUGGGAUGGAUUUAUAUUGAUUGAUGUCCAUGGCCUCUUUUGGUACAUGUUUGACAAACUAAGCCAGCCUUCUAGACUACAUGAAUAAGCAUCAUAUUCUAUCAACAAAAUUUCAGCUUCUGGAAAAAAAAAAAAAAAUCAAAACAGGAAUUUAUAGGCCUUCCUGCCAGCAAGAUUUAUGAGCUUUUAAUUAUCCUGGUUUUCUUAGACAAAUAUUUGUUGACAGCAAAAUUCAUUUAAUGUGUAAGUACAUUGGAGCUCCUUUAAAAUUUUGACUUUUUAUACUAUAGGAAUUAUUUAAUAAAGUUAACAAUGUUUCUUAAUGUCCAUCAGAAAGGUGCCAGGUGUUACACGUCUCUGAUCAGCCUUUAGCUCAGGUUUUAUUUCUAUUAAACUCUUAACAUUCUUCUGAUUUUUUUGGUAUCUUUUAUAAUCCUAUCAGUUCCUGCUGUAUUAAUGACCAAUUAUCCACAAAAAUAAAGAAUGAAAUAUUUUGCAUAA